CACUAAAAAAAAAUCCGUUUCUUUUUCUCUUCCAAAACCCACCCUCUUUUCGGUGUUUCCGAUGAAAGACCAACGCAACAGAGCAAACCCAUACGCCCGUGUCCACUCCCCCACCGCCACGGUCAGUUCUCCGGCGAUGGACCCCAAGAUCUGGAGCCGCUUUCCGGCGGAGCUUCUAGAGCAUGUCCUCUCCUUUCUCCCUCUGAAAACCUUCUUCAACCUCAGAUCCACCUGCAAGCGCUUCAACUCCCUCGUCUUCUCUCCUUCCUUCGUCUCCAAACACUCUUCCUCUUUACCUUCCUUUCUCUUGCUCUCUCACCCCCAGUUUCACCUCAGCUUCGCCCUCUACGACUCAUAUCUAGCCACGUGGCGCGACCUCUCUCUGUCCUCCUUAUCGGCUCCGACGAGGCCUUCUUCCUCUCUCCUCUCCGCCUCAAACGGCUUGCUCUGUUUCUCUCUCCCUUCGUCGUUUUCCUUCCUGGUCUGCAACGUAUUGGCCAAUUCCUGGAGAGUGAUCAAAUUCCCGUUUUACCCCUUCGCCUUCGACAUUCUCUCUCUGAUCUCCACUCCUUUUGGGUACAGCAUCUUCACGGUCUCUUCUCGGUCCAAUUCCAACAUCACUUUCGUUUUCUACUCAAGGACGAAUUCGUGGCGUGAAUUCGACGGUUUCGAGCCGAUUUUGAGCGAUAAUUAUCACGAGAAAGGCGUGUAUUUUAAUGGGUGUUUGUCUUUCACAACCCCAGAGCCUUUCUCUGUCGUUUCCUUCGAUUUGGAGACUGGGAAGUGGGAGAGAUCUGACGCUGAGCUCCCAAACGACUUGACGUUUGUGCGUUUGGUGAGUGGCGGUGGUGGAGAAGAAGGGAGAGGGAAAGGGAAACUGUAUUUGAUAGGUGGGAUUGGGAGAAAUGGGAUUUCUAGAAGCAUGAAGGUGUGGGAAUUGAGUGAAGAAAUGGGAAAGUGGGUUGAGAUUGAGAGAGUUCCAGAAAUGAUGUGCCAAAAGUUCAUGUCGGUUUGUUACCACAAUUACCACCAUGUUUAUUGCUUUGGGCAUCAAGGGUUGAUCUGUAUUUGCUGCUAUACUUGGCCUGAGAUUUUGUACUAUAAAGCCUCGAGGAGAACUUGGCAUUGGCUUUCCAAAUGCCCUUCACUGCCUGAUAAAUGGAGCUGUGGAUUUAGAUGGUUUUCUUUUGUUCCCAAGUUGUAUGCUUCAGUUUGAGCUUUCUUUUUGUUUUUUUUUUUUUUUCUUUUUGAGUUGUAUUUGAUGUUCGUUAAUUGGUGAUAGAAGAAUGGAGUGGUGUUUGUUAAUUGUUUGGCUUGGUUUUGUUUAACGUGUGCUUCAUUGUGUAUAUUUGUUUAUUGUUGGAAACAUACCGUUUGUUUAUGCCCUUCUCUGUUGCCUUUCCACAAUUCGGUUUUUUUAAU